AUGGAAAUGAUUGCGUAUAUUAUCUAUCUAUCUAUCUAUCUAUCUAUCUAUCUAUCUAUCUAUCUAUCUGACAAAGAAUGUGAGAGAGAGAUAGAGAGAGAGAGAGAGAGAGAGAGAGAGAGAGAGAGAAGAGGAGAGAGAGAUAAAAGGAGAAAGAGAGACAAUGACAGAGAGGGAUUUUUCUUCUUUGCCAAUCUGGUUGCAUCUAUCUAUCUAUAUGAGACAGUUUUUAUUUCUAUUUUAUCUUUCUAUCUAUAUCUAUCUAUCUAUCUAUCUAUCUAUCAAAAUUUAAAAACUUUUUUCUGUCUUAUACAUUGUGAUGUUUAUUUUCUUUUUUUUUAUUUCCUUUUUCUUCUUUUUUGUUUUCUACUAUUUUUUGCUUUAAUUCUUUCGAUAUUUCAUUCCAGUUUUUAUAACUAUUUUUCUAUAGAAUUAUUUCAUUUUAUUUCUUUUAUUCUUUCUCGCAUUUCUACCCAUCUCUAUUCCCCCCCCGGUCAUAAUUUCUUUUUAGUCUUUUUUUUAUAUUAUGAUUAUUGUUGCCGUUUUGUUUAUAUUUUCCCUCUUUCUCUACUCGACUUUUCUUUCCUACUUAAACCUGACACGCACCUAUGA